GAGUACCAAAUGCCAUCAAAUUGGUUAAACAUUGGCAGGAAAGCCGUAAAGAUAGUCACAAACCCUGCCUGCGCUAUUUGUCCUGUAUCUCUGACAAUCAACUUAGUUCCUACCAAUCAGCCAAAGGCGCUCCUAAACUUCGACUCAAGACAACUA